AUGGCUUUCGCUGGGAAGUAUGAGCUGGAGAGUCAAGACAACUAUGAGGAGUUUCUGGAAGUAAUAGGGCUUCUCAAUGCCAAGACGGACCACAAAGUGGUAACUGAGGUGGUUCAGGAUGGGAACGACUUCACCUGGACACAAACCAUUCCCAACUGGAAAUGGUCCAAUAAGUUCACUGUUGGUCAGGAAUGUGAGCUGGUGACGAUGACGGGCGCCACAUUCACGGCUCCUGUCACUAUGGAAGGCGGGAAGAUUUUGAUACAGUUUCCUCAGUACCGCCUCGUAGCAGAGAUCAUUGACGAUAAGCUAGUGAUGAAUUGCACAACUACAGGAGAGAAGGGUGUGACUUUCAAAAGGAUCAGCAAGAGGAUCUAAAUCUGCGAGACUCAACAUGCUCCAAUGGAAACAAGCCUGCACGCUGGAGGUAAAACAUCCUGAAAACGCUCCGAUUACUGAAGCAAGAGGAAUAAAGUAGUGAGACGAAAGUGGAACAUCUCUGGACUUCACAGCACUGUAUGUUGUUGUUUUACCUUCAGAUAAAACUGAAUAGAAGCAAUGAAACUAUGUACUGUAUUUCUCCAAGGAUUAAUGAUUUACUUGUACUGGUGUCCAUGUCUGACACAAUAUAAAUUGAUGAUUAAAUAUAGCAUGUUUUGCCAAGCAAUAAUGAUUUUUGUUUUCUCACACUUUUUUAACACCACUGAUGUUAAUGGUCUCUGACAUUCUGAAAACAUAUAGUACACAUAUUGUAUUCAGUGUGA